CCAGCGUGAGCGGUGGAACAUAGUCGCCGUGACUAUUUUAAGCACUUCUUGAGAAAGCACAGCGUGUGGAAUUGAGGAUUUAUAGUCAUUAACUUUUUGUUUCUCAAAGUCUUGGCAACAUAACUCAAGGAACUCGUGAAGGGAACGGAGUGUUUCAGUUUGAAGAAGAUGGGAAUAAGUCAAGCCUGAAGCAAGGGAGUUGACAUGUUUGAAAGGGUUGACGGGUGAUCACUACAAAGGGGAGAAAAUUUCGGGUGUGUACAGUGUCUGGACAAGGAGGCUGUCUCAUGUCCGCGGAGACAGUGUUACCUCCGGAAGGGCCUGUAGGGCCAGAGACUGACCCGCAACAGGAGACGAGUCGUCUUCUACCCAGCUCCACUCAAGGCGGUGCAUGCAACAAUGACAGUUGUGAAUCACCAGACGCCACAUCGACAACCAAAACUCGGUCUCCGGGGGAACCACAGUCCAGCGGAACGCCAGAGCAUGUGACAGGAGAAGGCCACACCCAUGAGAACCUCGUCAGAACUCAGCCUCGGCCGCUGCCUCCCCUGAGCACCUCGUCGUCUUGCGAGGGAGACCCCGGCAGGCUCCAGAAUGGCCUGCCAGUCGCCAUGGGCAACGGUCACGGCGGGGCGCGGCCGGGCGCCACGGCAGCCGCGGAGCCCCGGAAGCAGCAUAUGUCGCCCGUCUCGCAGAAGAUGCAGCGGAAGCUCCGCUCCAGCCUGUCCGUCAACUCAGACAGCAGCCGGAAGAGCAAAAGCAGCUCCACCGGAUCACACAAGCCUGGCUCGUCACCAGAAGACUGCUGCGUGCACUGCAUCCUGGCGUGCCUGUUCUGCGAGUUCCUGACACUGUGCAACAUGGUGGUGGCGCAGGCGUCGUGCGGCACGUGCACCUCGGAGGCCUGCUGCUGCUGCUGCUGCGCCGACGACCUGGGCGACGACUGCAACUGCCCCUGCGACAUGGACUGCGGCAUCAUGGACGCGUGCUGCGAGUCCUCCGACUGCCUGGAGAUAUGCAUGGAGUGCUGCGGCAUCUGCUUCCCCACAUAAGAGGAGCGGCUGUUUUGGGGCAAAUGGAGAUAUGGCCCCCCUCUUACUUCACAUGCACAUAUGUACACACACACACACACACACACACACACACACACACACACACACACACACACACACACGCACACAUACAUACACACAUGCAUGCACAGACACCAACUGAUCCAAACAUUGACUAUAAUAGGAGGAGGAGACGCAUGGGAGAAAACUGAGAGGUGUGUGUGUACACAUAGGUGUGUUUAUAUGCCUUUGUGUGUGUCUCUGUGUCUGUGUGUGUGUGUGUGUGUGUGUGUGUGUGUGUGUGUGUGUGUGUGUGUGUGUGUGUGUGUGUGUGUGUGUGUGUGUGUGUGUGUGUGUGUAUGAGAGAGUGUGUGAAAAAGGGGUUGGAAUUGGUCACAGUUUUUCAUCUAGAAACCCAUCUCUCCAGACCAUUGAAAAACAUCUCCCAAUUCUCUCUUCCAUCAGUCUAGCGAUCCAAAGAAAGACUCAACUGAUACAUGAUAUCAUAGUAUACUCAAAGUAUAGGAAUAACACAUAAAAGUUACAUUUAAUGUUGUACAUGUACAUCAAAAAUAUGCUAUGUUAUGCUUAACACCUUAUAUUGCCUUACAUGCAGUUCUUUUGCUGUCAUUUCAACUGAAUCAUUUCAAGAAGUUUUACCGAUUCUACCUGCAUUGCCAAAGGACUCCCAUGGAACCUUUGUUUUGUCACGAAAUCUGUUAUAUUCAGUAGUUUGCUUACUUACUUGUACACACUAGAGGAUCUAAGUUAAAACGGUCUUUUCCUGAAUGACAUGGUCACAGACUGUUGACUGGUCACCUUAAGGAAUUUGUGGCCAUGAAGGCCUUCUCCUUUAGCAUUGAUGGCUUUGAAGUCAUCACCUUGAUGACCUCAUCAUCAGACUGUUUCUAAUGCAGAAAUCAGUCAUGUCUAAUGAGAUUUUGUCAAACUACUUUUAAGUCUACUGUAAGCUUUCAAUAGUUAGGUCACAGCCAGCAUCAAACUGGUGCCCAUAUUGUGGACUUCACAAGCAAUCCUUUAUGUCAGAUAAUUCAGCAUCACACUAACGCUAUACUGUAUGUUAUGGGCCCUGUUCAUCUGCAGUUAUUCUCUAUUUUGAAUUCAAAUUCUGGCCAAAUGACUCAGUGAGAUAGUAACCCCAUUGAUGUCUUUUGUAUGGCCCUAUGGUCCCUUUCUAUUUAGUAUAGUUUUUUUUAGCAGUUUACUUGACAUUAUUUUAUUUUCCUUCAAUUGUCUUGCCUAUAUAUGUUUUUGUUUAACCCACAGUCAUCAAAAGGUUUUAUAGGGGUUAAAAACAAUUCUUAUGUGUUAAUAGUUUAUAAUGCACUUUAACCUGCAGUAUUAAAAUGUUUGUAAUGCUAUCCAAAAAAAGGUGGAUACAAACUCAAAAAAGAAUUAAUGUGUUCUCAUAGCUGACGAAGAGGUGACCUAUAGUCAGAUGCCAGUACAUAUUUUAUUGGAUUAUUUUAGUAUAUUGAGCGGAAUUUGUGUAGUUUAAAUAUAACCCAGUCAUUACAAUGAUUUCAUCCAGAGAGUCAAAAGAUCAGUGUUUGUAUUUUUCUAAAUCCAUCCACUAUCUCCUUUAGAAAGAAACAAUUCAAGGCAGUCACCUACCACAAUGGAGUUCCAAGGGCUUUUCACGAUCCUUGGUGUAAUUUAUUGUGUUUUUGUUGACUGUCAAGGUUUACAUGCUCACUAGCCAACAAGAACGAUAAAACAAAGCCUUCAGGUGAUCCUAGUUGCGUAACUGACACCCAUAUGCCACUACAUAGAGCAGAUAUGGCACUCCUGCCUCUCUCUCUCUCUCUCUCUAAUGAAAUGCUUUCGGCAGACGUGCGCAGGGGAAGAAGUGGUUAGGCAAUUAAUGAAUGGUGAUGGCACCAGAUGAGCUCGCAAUUCUGUGCAUUUUUAUGGCAAUUUCAUUUUCAUAAUGCAAGAUAUGUGAAAUCCUCUGCAAUUUCAUGAAAACGGAUUCCAUAGAACCUUGUUACUGGAGAAUGGGAAUGACUGACCGGUCUUGGAUCAUUACCGCAAUGCCAAUCAUUUUAGUGAAACUUUCUUUUUUUUUUUUUUUUUUUAAGUCAGAAAUCAUCUUUGCUGUGGACAAUGUCACUUCCAAAAAAGUCUCAGUGGAUCCAUUAUAAUGUGGUCAUCCAUUCCCUGUAGUAAAUGUUUGAAUAACGGCAGACACUAACUCUUCCUCUGUAAGCUUAGCUGUGUCUGUAUUCCUAUUCUGUCUUUUAAGUUUGUCAGAAAACUAUUUUUGUUUACGUUAAGUGCAUUUACUGGAUUGUCCCAAAGAGAUGCCUGGGGAAAUAUUGGAAUUAGAUGUAUUUCUUUUACCAGACACAUUGUUAUAUUGAUGAAGUGUUCAAAUACAGCACCUGAUGAAACUGACCUGAUCUGAUGUAAAAAGGAAAAACAAUAAGAGGGUGACUCUGGAAACCAAUUCAAUACAGGGUGAAUAUUACAGAUUUUUUUUAGUGAAUAGCAUACUGUCAAUAUAGUAAUUUGUUGACAUUGUGAAAAUAUUUGUUUGAUUACGUUUUUUCUAGAUCUUUUUUGGGUGUUCUCUAAGGUGAUGCAGACAUUGCUAGCAAAUAUCACAUCUGUUUCAUCAGCCCUGUAAUGCGCCAUGCACUUGGGAGAAAACAUUAGUAUUUUUAGUGGUGUUCUGUCUUCCUCUGUCAUAUCUGUUCUCUGUUGUGCAGUGAGUCAGAACCUAAUACACCUGACCUUAUUCAGGUAAGCAAGAUUGGAUUCAGGACACACACACACACAAAAAAUCAUGUACUUCUGAAGAAAUUUUUUGAGUUCCCCUGUUGGAGAGAUCUUAGUCGUAAUUGAAAACCCGCUGAAGGGUUAUUUCAAGAAACUUUCUGACUUAAUUGCCAUUCCGUGUUUAUCCUUUUUUGGAAUUUAUUACACCCUUCAGACUCAGAGUAGAGUUUUUUUUUUUUUUGCAAACAAGUCUGAAUUUUGGACUGAUGAAGUGCAUGUUUUUUCUUUUAAAUCACAGAGUAGAUAUUUAGGGGGAAGACUGUUCACCUCAGGUUUGGUUCAUUCAUUCAUUACAACUCAAAAGAGUCCUACUGGAAACUAUGGGAUGUGCCGCUGGCAGAGAAAUACUCAACAGGAAUAAUGUGAAGAAUUGUUAUUUUUCAGAGCAUGGUUAUUUAGUAGUACAUGUAUUUUAUCUGUACUUUUAUCUCUCUCCCCAAAAGUAAGGUAUAGUUUAUUCUCUGUGCACAAUUCAUUUCCCUCAGCAUACUGUAUAUCAACCCUGUUGUCCAUGAAGUAGAUCACUACGGUCUUAAUAAAUCUUGAGAAUACA